CUCCACCCUCUCUGCAAGAAACUGUGUUUCUUACUUUAUACUGUCUUCAUGUUAGAUUUGUACAGCUCUCCUAGCCAGAGGAGGUGAGACAUCCGUUCCCCCUACAAGAGACUCUGGCUCUUGCAGGAUGGAUUUUCAAGGGUCAGUUCCGACCUAUAGCUAUGACAUCGAUUAUGGUAUGUCAGCACCCUGCCAAAAAAUCAAUGUGAAACAAAUUGCGGCUCAGCUCCUGCCCCCACUCUACUCCCUGGUAUUCAUCUUUGGUUUUGUGGGUAACAUGAUGGUCUUCCUCAUCUUGAUAAGCUGCAAAAAGCUGAAGAGCGUGACUGAUAUCUACCUGCUCAACCUGGCCAUCUCUGACCUGCUCUUCCUGCUCACACUACCAUUCUGGGCUCACUAUGCUGCAAAUGAGUGGGUCUUUGGGAACAUAAUGUGUAAAGUAUUCACAGGGCUCUAUCACAUUGGUUAUUUUGGUGGAAUCUUCUUCAUUAUCCUCCUGACAAUUGAUAGGUACUUGGCUAUUGUCCAUGCUGUGUUUGCUUUAAAAGUCAGAACGGUCAACUUUGGGGUGAUAACAAGUGUAGUCACUUGGGCGGUGGCUGUGUUUGCCUCUCUCCCAGAAAUAAUCUUUACCAGAUCUCAGAAAGAAGGUUUUCAUUAUACAUGCAGUCCUCAUUUUCCACACACUCAGUAUCAUUUCUGGAAGAGUUUCCAAACAUUAAAGAUGGUCAUCUUGAGCCUGAUCCUGCCUCUACUUGUCAUGGUCAUCUGCUACUCAGGAAUUCUCCACACCCUGUUUCGCUGUAGGAAUGAGAAGAAGAGGCACAGGGCUGUGAGGCUCAUCUUUGCCAUCAUGAUUGUCUACUUUCUCUUCUGGACUCCCUACAACAUUGUCCUCCUCCUGACCACCUUCCAGGAAUUCUUUGGACUGAAUAACUGCAGUAGUUCUAAUAGACUAGACCAGGCCAUGCAGGCAACAGAGACUCUUGGAAUGACACACUGCUGCCUAAACCCUGUCAUCUAUGCCUUUGUUGGAGAGAAGUUCCGGAGUUAUCUCUCAGUGUUCUUCCGAAAACACAUGGUCAAACGCUUUUGCAAACGGUGUUCAAUUUUCCAGCAAGACAAUCCUGAUCGUGCAAGCUCAGUCUAUACCCGAUCCACAGGAGAACAUGAAGUUUCUACUGGUUUAUGACCUGGUUGACUUUUGUGUAUCACGUAGUUUUUCUAUGCAGCUUGGGAGUAGGAAUGGUUCUUUUAAAAAAAGAAAUUAGUAUCAUAGAGGGCCCAAGAUACAUGCAUCUUUUUGAUAUUUAUUUUUAGAUAGAUUGGGUCUUUUAAAACUGAAUGGGGAGGUUGGGGUGGAGGAGCAGGGAGAACGAGUCUUUUAUCAGGGCCGGGAAAUAUGCACAAAGAGACUUGAGGCAGGUGCCAUGACCCAUAUGCAAAGGGACGGACACAGGGCCGAUGCUGUGGCCUAGAGAUGACGUGUCUCACCGCUGGGUUCCUGAAAGGCGGCUGUAAAUAUGCCUGAUUGCCAUAAAGUCGCUUCUUGCUGUCUAUGGAUGUGCCUGACUGCCAACAGGGAAGAACCACUUCUGCCUAUAAAACGUAGAGUCAGCAGAACUUGGGGUAAAUCGGAGUUAGAGGUGCAUAAGAACCCCUAGGCUUAGUUAGGUUGAAAUACCCAUUGAGGAAACAGCAAAUACAAAGGAAGAAUAAAGAGUUUAGCCGGGAAGGUAGUCUCAUUUUACAGCCGGAAUAUAAUGUUAUCUCAGGCUAGCAUUUUGUUCCUGCCUUCAGACCUAAAUCCUACCACACCGGGACUGUGAAACACCUGGAUUAUGAAUCAUGAGCCUGAGGUCUAGGAAUAAUAAUAACGUUUGUGAUUUUAGAUGAGGGCUGUUUCCAUAGUUUGAAGCCAGAACUUUAUCAUCUUGAGCAGAAGCUCCAAGAGAUGAGGAAAGAGCACCAAUUUUUCUCUAAUUUACUUAGCAGUCAUCAUCUCUGGAAGAUUCAUUUUAGAAACAAGUUGUUGUGCCCCUCAGAAGCCAUGAGAGUAUAACGACUGCUCUCUGUGUUCCAGGCUGAGUAUGAGGACUUCAGUCACACUUUCCAGAUGGCUUCUCCACACAAACAAUGCUAAGUUUGGCCAUUUCAGAGGUUUAGGAUUUUUUGUUGUUUUUGCAGUUGAUAUUUUGAAUUUUAGAGCAGUUGAGAUCUUCCUAGUGAAGGCUAGAGGAGGAAAGAAAGGGGUUAGAAUCUCUCAGGAGAUUAAAGUUUCUGCCUAACAAGAGGUGUUACUGGUUUUUCUCAAGCUCCGAUUGUGAAACCAGAGGCCUGGGACUGUCAGCAGGAAGUGAGCAUUUGCUUUUUUCUUCCUUGUGAUCCACAUUCCUCCCCCACUCUGUUGCUCAGACUGGCGUCAAGCUCACGAUCCUCCUGCUUACAUCUCAAGUUCUGAGAUUACAAGUAUAUGUGAACAUAUCCAGCGGUUAUUUUAUUCAUUAGCAUAUAGAAAGUUAUACGUUCUUUGAAGAUAAUGAGUCUUAUAAAAAGUGCUUUGUAAAAAAAAUUGCAUUUUAUACUUUCAAUCAAGUGUACAUUUAGUGAGUAGUACGUAAAAUUAUGAGAGUAUUUUGUAAGUAGUUGUUUUGGAGAACGCCCCCAAUAAUACUUGUUUAAAUAUAGCGUUCUUGGAUUAAGUGGGUGGUGGUGAUGAUAAUAUUUCCUUGAAAGUAUUUUUAGCCGUUAACUUUCUUCCUUAAACAAUUUUUCAUAAUAAUUUGUUCUUAAAGAUGUUAUGUCCAAGCAUGCAGUUUCGGAGCAGUGUUGCUUUGAAAGAGUGUAAAUUUUAAAUUGUGCUUACUCUCAAUCAAAAGAGUUUUAACAUAUUUACGAAUUUAUUUCAGAAGUCAAGAAUCUGGUUGAAAAUAAAGAUAUGCAACUUUAUGGUCUGGUAUUUGAGUGGGAGUCAGAGAGGGUGAGGCCUUUCUCUCUCUCUCUCUCUCUCUCUCUCUCUCUCUCUCUCAAGUGUGUUAAUAAUUUCAGUAAUGGAAAUUCUAUAACACUGGGAUUUCUGUGCACAUGUUUCUUGUCCAGAGAGAGGAUAGAUCCUCCAAGGAGAGUCUGGAACAAUGCUGAUUUUCAGUCUGCUACAGCCCCAGCUUCCAAAGAGGGUGUGCAAAGAUGUUCGGGCUAUUAAUGCUCCUAAUGAAAGAGACAAACGAGCAGGAAGUAAAAUGGGCUCUGAGUGGUUUAGUAACUUCUCACCAGAUUCAAAGGGUUGCUUUUCAUCUCUUAGAUUUGAAGGUAGAAAGUGUUAAAGAAGAGUGGAAGGCAGCUGGGCUUAGGAGAAAGGAGUCAGGGGAAGGGAGCCCUCUAUCUGCUAUGAUAAAGCCAGCUUUUGUGGGGAUGAGGGAAAGUGUGUUAAUAACUUAUCUUGUGGCUGUGACAAAAUAUCUGACAAAGGCAGCUUAAAGAAGAAAGUUUUACGGUUGUUGGUAGUUUGAUGGAAUACAUUCUACCGUGGUGUGUUAGGAGUGUGAGCUUGGUGGUAAUGUCACAUCUACAUCCAGGAAGCAAAGAAUUGAAUGCUGGUGUCAGCUCUCUUUCUCCUCUUUAUUCAGUCCAAUUCCCCAGUCCAUAAAAUGGUGUUGUUCAUAUUCAGGGUGGGUCUUCUCUCCUUGGCUAAUCCUUUGUGGAAACAUCCUCAUAGGUACAGACAGAAAUGUUUAUCCUAGGUAGUUCUAAAUCCAGUAAAGCAAUCAAUCAAUACUAACCACUACAAAAGCUCUCUCUCUCUCUCUCUCUCCCUCUCUCUCUCUCUCUUUCUCUCUCUCCCUUUUUUUAUGGCUGAUGUACACACUCCUUCUUACCUUGCCAUAUGUUAGAUGAAUUUACAAAGAAAAACCACUUGAGGUAUUGUAUAACUAUGUAUAUAUUUUCUUUCAUAAUUUAAAAAAUACUUUAAUGUUCCAUUUGGCUCCAUAUUGUUACUUUUUCGAUGAAUUAUAAUUUCUGUGUUAUUAUAAUUCUGUAAUACCUCAAGAGCUUAUUUUGUUUUAAAAAUAGGGGAUUUUGUUUGUCUAUUUUGAGAGUUUCUUCUGUAGUCCAGGCUGCCCUGGAACUUCCUCUGUAGAUCAGGCUGGCCUCAAAUAUGAAAUAUGCCCGCCUCUGCUUCCAAAUUGCUUGGAUUAAAGGUGUGCACUACCAUUACCUGGCUCAAAGAUGAGUUUUAAAGCAUACAUAGUGAAAAAUAACCCCUUUUCCUGAUUGAGCCAAGCUAUCAAAACUGCAAAUAACCUAGGCUAUAUUGAUUCUAUACUGCCCUCCAGUGGCCAACUAGCAAAUAACAAAGAUGUUUGGCAACCAGCAUGGACCACAUCAUACAAAUAAGGAGUAUGGCUUCACUGAAUUUUUUACUGUUUGUGUCUUUAAUUCCAGUGUGGACAGAGGCAUAUCCAGAGCAGCUCAGGGUAUUUGACACACAGCUCUUUCUCACUGCUUCUGAAGAACAGGAAGAGCCCCAGUUGAGGAUACAAGUUGACACUUUGAAAUAAUGGUUUCAGGUGGAUCUGCAGAAUGCUGGAGCCCAGACCUUGAAAAGGCUCGGGAAAUUACUUAUAAACAGGUAUUUUCACAUGCAUGAAGUGCCCCAGACUCUCCUUGCAUUUCACUCUAACCCUGCAUAUCCCAAGUGUUUGCAGUGUUCCAAUAUAGUUGAAAGGCAGGUGGCUUUCUUUGAUUCUUUUUAUUCUCUUUUCUUCAUUACCAUUAUUAUUCCAUCCACACGGAUGAAACAUUCUUACAAAACUAUACACCUUUAAAAUGGAAAAGCUGUUGAGGAUCACUCAGUCCAGGUGCCUCUCUCUGUAGGUGAAAAGCAGAGUCUACUCCACACUCUCAAAGAGGGUUUCAGAGGACUCAAGAAUUAGCAAGUUUUGACAGUGUUUUCCAAUCUCAGUGUGCAGUCGGUGAUAAGCCAUUGAACGAGUGGGUGGGGAGAGGGUCUGAUACCACUUACAAUCAUGCCUAGAUAAAUUCAGGAGAUGAGUUUACAAUUAAUGAAGGCUACAUUCUAGUCCUGGCUUCAUCUUAGCUACACUUUGAAAUGACACGGGAAGUUGACACCAAGUCUCACUACAAUUCUACACUGAACAACUCUCUUUAAUCAACCCACAUGUACCUGUGUUUCUAACUCUUAGGAAUUCCCCAGGUGGUUCUCAAAAUAGCCAAGUUUGAGACACUGGUAGUGAAAACUGGGUUGAAGUCUGUCAUACUGGAUAUGAUGUUUGGAAUCUGAGCUUUGUCACACAGUGUGAGGGUUUGGAGAAUGAAGAAGAUCAUGACCUGGUCAGGCAAGGUUAAUUCGGAAAAAGUUGAAAAGUUAGCAUUCAGAGAGUAACUUUUAGAUGGCCUGGCACCUAAUUUAAAUGUGUGCACAUAUAUGCAUGAAACAAAGCUUGGCUUGCAUUAGUUACUUUUGUGUCUCUGUGACCAUAGUACUCAGCUAAAACAACUGAAGGAAAGAGUUUACUUUGGCUCAUAGCUUUAGUUCAUUAUGGGGAAGUCAUAGCAUUGUAUCAAAGUACAUGGGUAUGUAUACCAGAGACUGUUCAUGUUACAGACGUCCAGAAAGCAGAGUCCAGAAGCAGGGGCAAGCUAUAACUUUCAAAGGAUCAUCCCUAGUGCCUUCAAGCCAGCCAGACUUCACCUCCUAAAGAAUCUAUGGGCUUACCAAUAGUGCCAGUCUGGACAUAUUUUGCUAUACACAAAACAUGACCCUGUGAGGGAUAUUUCUGAAAGACAGAUAUAAGUUGCUCUUUUUGUUUUGAGUCAAGACAACAUCCCCUCUUGAAACUAAGUAUCACUGAACAUAAUGCAGCUAAGUUUAAAAAUAAAAACAUCGUGGAAAUGCUUCAGGAUAGUCUAUAUUUACCAGAAAAUUCUACCAGGAUUUUUCUACUUACAUUUAUUUCCAUUAUCUUAGAUUACUCAAAAAAUAUCCUAUAAAGAAGUUAUAAUGUUUUCUCAAUAUAUAAUCAAAUCAAUCAUCUGUUAAUGGGACAGCUCAGUCUUUCCUGCAUGGUAAAAACCAAACUCUGGGAUGAGAAGGGGACUUGAGAUUACUUGCAUCAGUUUAUGAGUUCUAAAAAAAUCAUUAUCAGGAAUUUGAAAUCAUCAUCUCAUCUACACAGAAUUUCUACAUGAAAGUACAUGGUCAGAUUGAUUCUACAGGAAAUCUGCUCAACAGAGUGGGCUGAUGAUCAGGAAUCAUUAGGCUACGUAAUAGUGGCAAGAUAGGACUAUUAGAAGCAAGAAGCAAUGCUGGGAUGAAGUCUCUGAGGACCCUGCAACCCAGAACACACCCAUCAACAGCUUUGUAAAAUAUAGGGCCAUCUCAAGAAAACUCACUUGCUGAAGCCUUUCAUAGAUGGCAUCUGACACUAGAAAUCAUUCUUAGUUUGUAUAUGCAUAAGAUUGGGUUAAAUCUCUUACACAAAGUAUAAAUAAAAGUAUAUCUGUAGAAAAUAGUUGGAUAUCCGAUGGGAAUUGUGUAUAAACAUGGAAACAACCUCA